UCAGAAAGCACCCACUCUCUUUCUCUCUCUCUAUUCUCUCUCUCAUGGCUGCUUUUUCAGCAUGUUGAUGAGUUUUUUUCUCUCUCACUAAAAACUCUUAUCUUUACCGUCCAGCCCUGUCUGCCCAAAACGGCCGAACCCCUAAAAAGCAAGAAAAACCCAAUCUUUACCAUGUAGCAGAGGCCAAGAAUUCAAGAAGGAAGAGAAGACUGUAGAAACUGCACAAAACCCAUCAAAAUCAAAGAAAGAGUCCACCCCCCUCUGUAAUGGCCCAGCUGGACCAAGAUUUGUGUGAGAAGAAAGAAAGAAAAACAAAAAAGAAACCAUGGGGAAUCAAGAGAGAGAAAGAGAGAGAGAGAGGUGUCUUCAAAUGUCCUCCAACCAAACCCACCUCAUAGACCUCAAAACCAAAAAUUUUGUUGGGGGGGAGAGAGUGAGAAACAAGAGAUGUUGCCACAAAUACCCUUCUGCUGCUACAAGGGAAAAAUUCCCCCCAUCUUCAUCAUCAUCAUCAUCAUCCAUCACCCCCCACCUUUGCAGCCUCUUCCAAAACAACAAUCAAUGUUUUAUAUUCUUAAAUAUUUUCACACCCGAUAUAUGUGGGCUUUUUGGGCUUUGUCUUGGUCAGAGCUUUCUUUCUUUCUUUCACAGAGAAAACAGGAAAGCUCUAAAGAACCUUCUCACCACCUCCUCCUCACACCUUCCCUCCCUUAUCUCUCUGUCUUUUCCUUUCUUUCUCCAUACCCUCAUUAUUUCUCUCCUCUACGCCUCUCUUUUCUUUUUUAUCCUUUUCUCCUCCUUCUCUCUACCCCCUCUUUUUUCUCUCUCUCUCUAUCUCCCUCUCUCUUGAUUCUCUCGCGAUCUGAUGUCUAAGAAGAUGAAAAGGGCUUCCAUGGAAUCGCCCAGUUUUGGUGGGUAUGAGGAUGCCAAGGCCAGGAUGAAGCACCAGGCUCUCUUCCAGGACUUUCAAGAACUGCAAAGGGAAACAAAUGGCAUCAAAGACAAGUUGGAGGAUGCGAAAAAGCGGAAGAUGAUAUUACUUGCUGAAGUUCGCUGUGUAAUGGCGGUUUUACUUUGCAGCUUCUUACGUCGGAGGCACAAAUACCUCUUGCAAGCGAAGUCUAUGGAGAGCCAGCAAGAGCACAAGCUAGCACAACAUCCAAACUUAGAAAUCUAUCCUAAAACCGGGGCGAAGGGCACGAGGCCAAACAAGAAGGAUGCUGCCCCGCGCAAGUUGCCACCGCUACCUGGCCCGAAACAGAAGGGAAGAAUGUUGAAGGAAACUGCUCCUCAAGAUGUAUUUCCACCUCCCACCGGUGCGAAGCAUAAGCGGCAAAAGACACACAACGGGACGGAAGCUGUUAUGCGUUUGAGUUCCGUUUCUGAUGCUAAUCACCAUUCCAGGGGUUAUAGCGGGAAGGAUGCGGGCUUUGAGAAGCCUAAACAAGCUAUUGAUUUGAACCAAAACGAAAGAUUGUUUGGCGGAAACAGUGCUGUUAUGAUGGGCUGCACAACCCCACUGUUCGAUUUAAACGAGAGUAGUCAUUGCGGGAAAGAAGUCUCGCCACCAUCUCGAGCUCCCGCGUUUGAUUUGAACGUGAUCUCGACCGAGGAAGAAUCGAGGUGGAACAUUGAUCCAACGUUACCAGAGGAGCUCGAAAAAAGCAUGACAAGAGGCCUAAACGAAGACCAACACAACGACUUGAGGAUAUCCCUAUGUAGAAAUGCCGGGGAAGGCUCGUCUCGAGCUAGGAAGCCGAAAAUAUCAUGGCAAGACCCCGUUGCCCUCCGCGUUUGAUCCUCUAUCCUUCAACUGCCAUAACAUGAAUCGUGCUAGAAAAGCUCUUCCUCGGGCCCUCCCUCGCGUACAGUCCCGCGUUUUCCAUCAGAAAGGACAAGUAGAGAGAUAUAUAUAUUAUGAUAUGAUAUGAUGUUUGGUAUAUGCAAUAUCUUGAUUAUUGGUAGAAACAGAUACACUAUAGUUUCUGCUUUAGAUUAAAUGGAAAUAUUAAUUUUUUUUUCCUA